GUACGACAGCACACGCGACCUCGAGCGGAUCGCGACAGCUAAUCCGUGACUCGUUCCGCGUGUCUUCGAUCGUUCAGCUCGUUAAAUCGUCGUUCUAUCGCGAGAAUGCCGCGUUUAAGUGUCAUGUGUACCGUGAUCGUGGAUUUUCAUCGUGUUCACCUUCUCGAACGCUCUUCCCCGUCCUCGUGAGAGCUUCAAAGCACGCUGAAGCCGGCGCAGGUGUAAUCGCAGAAGACAGUCUAACAGCAUCGGAGGUGGGAGAAAGAGACGGAAGCAAUCGUCGCUGGAAUGAUCCCGGAAAUCCGGGAGGAAUCGUAGCUCGAUUAUCCUUCACACGAGAUUGCAAGUCUCGUUGCGCAAGAAAUCGAAUGAAUCUACCCCGUCCACGUUCUCUUCCCAUCUGAAACCUCCAUUUCUUUGAUCCGCAACUCUUCCACGUUCAAAAGAGCCCGUUUAACCCCAUCUUCACCUAAUCCCCAUCGUCGAGGCAUCCCAGAAAAUGGACGAUGACGACACGGACGAGAAGCUGACGCUGAUCAAUAAGUUAUCGCACAAGGAGUCCAAGGCAAAAUUGUUGCUCACGUCGAAAUUCACGUCCAGAAGUUCAAGACUCGAACCCAAGCAACGAAACUCGACAGAAGACUCGGACACUAUGGAGUGUGCCUCGGAGAACGAGGUGGAGAACCUCCCAAAAGAUGAGGACGCUUCAAGACCAAUCGUUGAUGAGAAAAUCAGCAGGAUCCCAGCCAUAGAACGUCAUUCCUUGGACGUUCCUGAGGAAGCAGAGUCCUUGUUGAUGAAUCGUCAACAAUCUAUGACCAAAAGCAGGCUGAGAGUCACCGAAGAAGAGACCAGGACCACUAAAUUCGCAGGGACCAGAUUGGGGCUGUUCAACCGCAGUCCUCAGUCAUCCUCCAGCCAAGAAGAGUACGAACCCGAGGUGAAAAGUCUGACCAAGCUUCAAAGGCAGCAACAGCAGAAGCAACAGCAUCUAUUAACAGCCACCAGUGGCGGUCAGAUAACCGCCAGGUCAAUGGAGAGCCUAAGAACCUCGAGGAACUUCCUCAGCGCUGAUGAUCGCUACAGCGAAGACUCCAAGUCCAUGGAAUCCUUGUCCUUGUCCUCGGAAGCUCACGUAACCAGUUCCAAGAGUCAAUACAAGAGCUUCUUGACCGCGUCCACCAAAGAUGUCCGCAGGAUAGUCUCUGUCGAGUCGAAGAGCAGCGAGAAUCUUCAGAGAGAGGAGAGCCUAAACGCUGAAGUCAGACGGGGUUUGUUCGCGAACACCGGUUUGGAGAGGAAGAUUCCUCAGCAUCUGAGCCUACCACCACCGUCUAGUGUGUUCUCUUUGACCAGUCCAGGUGGCAGUGACCGAAAGAUCACCAUACUGAGCCCGCAUUCGCCGAUUCAGUCGAUGGAGUUCCAGUUCUCCACGCAGACCCUGAAGACGAGACGCAAGAAGGCGAUCGUCUUGCCGAGGUUGGUGUUGCCCAGAAGCGAAUCCGAGGUGUUCUUAGAUUUCGAUGUGGAAAAUGGCGCCUCGACGCUGGACGGUGGCGCCGGAGGCGGAGGAGGCGCCUCACCUAGUGCAGGCCUCGUUCUCCAAACUCUACCCCAGCGACGGGAGAGUUUCCUAUAUCGCAGUGACAGCGAUUUCGAGAUGUCACCGAAGUCGAUGUCUCGAAAUAGUUCGAUCGCCAGCGAAAGGUUCAAAGAGACAGAGCUUCCUGUCGAGAGAGCGAUAUUUACCGAUCAGUAUAGCCAUGGCGAGGACCUCAUCGUCACGCCCUUCGCGCAGAUCCUUGCCUCCUUACGGUCGGUCAGGAACAACUUCCUGUCCCUUACAAAUGUGCCCACGAACAAAUCACGAAGGAGUAGCGGUGCCCAAGGUAGCAGCACACCGCAACCGCGGAUUGUGGCGCCAGGAGAGGAGAAUUACAUGAAACUGGCCGUCGAGACGAUGGAAGAGCUGGAUUGGUGCCUGGACCAGCUGGAAACCAUUCAGACUCAUCGGUCCGUGUCCGACAUGGCCUCCCUGAAGUUCAAACGUAUGCUGAACAAGGAACUCUCCCACUUCUCGGAAUCCUCAAAAUCUGGAAAUCAGAUUUCAGAAUACAUUUGCAGCACCUUCCUUGAUAAACAGCAAGAGUUGGACUUGCCCUCCCUGCGAAUCGAGGAUGCAGUCGCGGCUGCAGGCAGCGCAGAUGCAAGGGCGGCGAAAAAGAAGGACCGAGUUCAGCGAGGUCCUGCUGCGAUGUCCCAUAUCAGCGGCGUGAAACGGCCACUUACACACACGAAUAGCUUCACAGGGGAGCGUGUGCCACUUUACGGCGUUGAAACGCCCCAUGAAGAAGAACUUGGCAAGCUUCUAUCAGACAUCGACAAGUGGGGCAUCGACAUCUUCAGGAUAGGCGAGCUGAGCAACAACAGGCCGCUGACUUGCGUCGCCUACACAGCCUUCCAGAGCCGAGAUCUGCUUAAAUCGCUGGCCAUACCGCCCAAGACCUUCGUCACCUUUAUGAUGACCCUCGAGGAUCACUACGUCAAGGACAAUCCCUUCCAUAAUAGUCUGCACGCGGCCGACGUGACCCAGUCCACCCACACUCUGCUCAACACGCCCGCACUCGAGUCGGUAUUUACACCGUUGGAAAUCACUGCGGCACUCUUCGCUGCUACCAUUCACGACGUAGACCAUCCUGGACUCACCAACCAGUUCCUCAUCAAUUCGAGCUCCGAGCUUGCCCUGAUGUACAAUGACGAGUCCGUUCUGGAGAACCACCACUUGGCCGUGGCUUUCAAGCUCCUUCAGAACGAGGGCUGCGACAUAUUCGUAAAUAUGACGAAGAAACAGCGUCAGACACUUCGCAAGAUGGUCAUCGACAUGGUCCUAUCCACGGACAUGUCCAAACACAUGUCCCUCCUCGCUGAUCUGAAGACCAUGGUGGAGACUAAGAAGGUGGCUGGCUCUGGCGUUCUUCUGUUAGACAACUACACCGACCGUAUCCAGGUCCUCGAGAACCUGGUGCACUGCGCUGACCUGUCCAACCCCACGAAACCGUUACCACUCUACGAACGAUGGGUCGGUCUGCUGAUGGAAGAGUUCUUCCUCCAAGGAGACCGCGAGCGUGAACAGAACAUGGACAUCAGCCCGAUGUGCGACAGGCACAGUGCCACGAUCGAGAAGUCGCAGGUCGGCUUCAUCGACUACAUCGUCCAUCCCCUUUGGGAGACCUGGGCGGACCUGGUGCACCCAGACGCCCAGGAGAUCCUGGACACGCUCGAGGAGAACCGAGACUGGUACCAAUCCAAGAUUUCUCCAUCACCGCCGUCCGAUGACCAGCCGCAACAAGGAAACGAGCCACAAUCUGAAAGGAUACACUUCCAGGUGACACUGGAGGAAGGCGAUGAAACCGGUGAGGCGACAGAAACCGGAGAGUCGGGUGGAGCGGCGAAGACAACAACGUUAUCCAGCGAGGAAGGGGGCGGUGAGACAGAGGAGAACGCCGCGGAGGCUGGAAUGUGACGGAGGCUCGCGGGUAUUUGCAGGAAGCUCCACGAGAAGGUGCAGCAGACCUGGUGGCGUGUGCGCCAGUGACAUUUAGCUGGCUACCACCGCCUGGGUCUAUUUGUGUCGACCUAUUGACCUUUGGCCAAGCUCCACUCCCUGGGACGGUGGAAAAUGCCUCGUCGUAGAACGAGAGGGCAGAGAGCACGGAAACGAUGGGAACGUCUAGUCGCUGCUAGUUCAGAGACCUGGACCGACGUGAAGGGUCAUUUGCUGACGCGUGAACGAGAGGAUCAGCCAAAGUGGCGAACGAUUAAGAGCGUAUGGCGCUAUGAGGACACUCGUUUGACGCGGUCGCUUGCUCCGAAGCUGACGCGGGUCUCAGCAAAGAGCAACGAUCCUAGAUCGCUGCGUCUCGGCUGGUUCGAGGCGCAUCGAGGGCGUUCAACGUGAAUCCUCGAUUCAAGACGGAGACUGGAGUAUCGUCGUCGUUAUCAUCGUCGCUUUUCCCCUUCCCUGACGUCGUUCGAUCGGCCUCGACCCUUUUUGGUGUGUCUAGCUCGAAGGAGGACACGAAUCUCUUCACCAAGUACCUGUACACAAGCAGACCGGUUAGCCAAGGAUCAGUGAAGGCUCCUUGCUACCGAUACGAUUCGAGGACGCAGGAAAUCUCAUCCCGCCAAAUGAUAGGAUCCUUUCUGACAUAUCAAUUACAUGGUACAAGCGGCUGAUGCCGCGACAUGCGAACGAUUCGGAGGAUCUUCUGCGCAACCAUCUGACCCCCAGCUACCUCUAAUCUUGGGACGAAGGCUUUAAACGAUAGCUAUGUUCCCUUAUGAUCAGGAGAUGUUAAGGAUGAAGAUUGAACCGCUGAUUGGCGAUGAAAGGAGGGGGUCAGAGGCUGGAAGGUGAACAGAAGACUGUAGAGGAACACUAGUUAUUGCGCUUUCCACGUUCAUCCUUGGUUCUCCGACGAUCAUCUUCACGGCUACCCAAUCGUCUAGGACUAAGUCUAUCCUUAAACGUAGGAUCUUUGUCAUGCUCGCUGAUUAUAAGCGCGUACAACUCAUCGCAUGAAGAGGGAAGAAAGCGUUCGUUAAAAAGUGAAUUGUAUUAGAUGUCUUCACACGAUGGACGAGUGAGUUAAUUUUAAUAUAAAGGUUGAAGGCUGGCCUUUUUCCUUGCGUUUAUAUUAAAAUUAAUUGUUAUGAGACUUUCUUCUCGCGUUCAUACACACAUACACAUACACCCAUAUACACAUACACACUCAGACGCACACGAGGCGAUCGUUUUUAACCAAAGAGUAUUGUUAUAGUCACUCGAUCAUUCGAUAAAACGGCAAGAUACGAACUUGUUUGUUCUUCAUCCAAGAUUCUGAACAAGAAAAUUGAACGAGAUGGAAACCACGUUCAUCAUCAUCGCGCGUUCUGGCUUCUAGCGAUGGUAGAUACUUAGGGGAUCGAGGGGAAUUUUAAUUAGCUAGGUACCUUGCAGCUCGAUGUGUUGAGAAGAAAACAUUUAAAACGAAAAAAUGCAAAAAAAAAAAAAAUAAUAUCGAGACAAAAAUGAAAAUAAACGAAGUACUCUCUCGCUUGGAUGUCUGUGAAUCGCUCAAACUCGCGAAUCGAGUCUCGACAGUCGCGAUAUACAAGUCGAGAAUCGAUUCAUCGCACUCUUUCUCGAGUAAUUGGCAUCCCUGACGAUUCUGUGAAAGCCUUUUCUACGGUUCCUUGUUUUUCUCUUUUGACUAAAACGAUGGUAUAGCGUACGACGACGAUUGUUCAUUUGACUUUACACGAUUGACACAAUUUUCUAGCAAAAUUAAUGACAAAAUAAGACUGGAAAAGAGUAUUUUAAAGGCGAUUAAAAAAAAAAAAAAACAGAGAAAUACAAUUGAAGUCCGCUCGAGGAAGAGGCGAACACGUAUCUGUGUCCGUAGGCAGUAUGAAAACUAGUGAGUGUUUUUUUGGUGCUGGCCACCAAGCUUAGAUAUGAUUAAGAGUAAUUUUACGUAAGGCUAACGAAGUACACGACUAGAUAUUAAGCUGAGGAAUUAACUUAAAUGAAAAACGAAACUUCUUUAGGCCGUAAGCGACAACCAAGGUUAAUUAAUGGUAAUUAAUCGUUUUAACCGUGAAACAAGAGUAUGGACAAACUCGCUCGACUUCUUCAAACUGGAUCCUCUUCCCUUUUUUUUUUUCAAAAAUCAUACGAGUAGUCUGCUCGAACAUGGAUUCGAUUCUAUCAGCUGAUCGAUCGAAAUCAGAACAUGAAUCUUCAAAUUAAAUUCGAGCGAGAAUGACCGAUCGAACGACGAAAGAAUGUUUCUUUUUUUUAGUAUUUUUUUUUUUCUGAUUUUUGUAUUUAAGAAUUUUCAUGGUUUUAUUCAUUUCAUCACCGUUCCUUCAUCAUACCCAGUAGCUUCCUACUUCGUGACUAACGACGCUUUAGAGAAUGAUGUUUUUACUUGUAAAAUGACGAUUUCGAUGAUGAUUUCACGUGAUGUGUGAUUUGUUUGUUAUUUAACCGUGAUAAUGGUGAUGACGAUGACGUAUACCACGAAAAUGAUCACGACGAUUGAACGCUGAUGAUUGCGAAAGUCAGAUGUAAAAGAUAAAGAGAUGAAACUGAAAAAAAUGAAAAAAAAAACAAAUUGAAAUACAAACGUGUUUGAUUGCUGGACAGUUAAAUGAACAUGUAUUAAUAUCGUGUAACCCUCGUACGAGAUAUAUGUGUAAUAAAACAUAUUUAUUGUCGGAA